AGCAGCGGUCGCCUUCGGUCUCACUAAACCCUAAGCACGGUUCCCGGUUGCCAAAAGAAAUUAAUGUGCAUUUUAUUUACGAAAACGCGAGCACGAGAGCCGAGCCACCAGCAAAAGGAUUGUCGAGAAAGACCGCCAUUGCGCUGACCCGGUGAACGACGAACGACGCUGUCCCUCCGCCCAGUCAACGCCUGCAGUCCGAUUCACCGCUUUCCCGUUGCCUCGGCUGCCGCCAUCCUCCGGGUGAAGAUGUCCGACUACAGCGACCUGGACCGCCAGAUCGAGCAGCUGAAGCGCUGCGAGAUCAUCAAGGAGAACGAGGUUAAGGCCCUGUGCGCGAAGGCCCGCGAGAUCCUGGUGGAGGAGGGCAAUGUGCAGCGUGUGGAUUCGCCGGUGACCGUGUGCGGCGACAUCCACGGCCAGUUCUACGACCUGAAGGAGCUCUUCAAGGUGGGCGGCGAUGUGCCCGAGAAGAACUAUCUGUUCAUGGGCGACUUUGUGGACCGCGGCUACUACAGCGUGGAGACAUUCCUCCUUCUGCUGGCGCUGAAGGUGCGCUAUCCGGACCGCAUUACGCUGAUCCGCGGCAACCAUGAGUCGCGCCAGAUCACCCAGGUGUAUGGCUUCUACGACGAGUGCCUUCGCAAGUACGGCUCGACGGCCGUGUGGCGCUACUGCACGGAGAUCUUCGACUACCUCAGCCUGUCUGCCAUUAUCGACGGCAAGAUAUUCUGCGUGCACGGCGGCCUGUCGCCGUCGAUCCAGUACCUGGACCAGAUUCGCAGCAUCGACCGCAAGCAGGAGGUGCCGCACGACGGGCCCAUGUGCGACCUGCUCUGGAGCGAUCCGGAGGACCAGACCGGCUGGGGCGUCUCGCCGCGCGGCGCUGGCUAUCUGUUCGGGUCGGAUGUGGUCUCCCAGUUCAACCGCACCAACGAGAUCGACAUGAUUUGCCGUGCGCAUCAGCUGGUGAUGGAGGGCUUCAAGUGGCACUUCAACGAAACCGUCCUGACCGUCUGGUCGGCGCCAAACUACUGCUAUCGCUGCGGCAAUGUGGCUGCCAUCUUGGAGCUGAAUGAGUACCUGCACCGCGACUUCGUCAUCUUCGAGGCGGCUCCGCAGGAGAGUCGCGGCAUACCCUCCAAGAAGCCCCAGGCGGACUACUUCCUCUAAGACGAGCAGAACAGUUCGGCGACUUCCCGCUGCUGCUCCCCUGACAAUCGGCUCGAAUGGACGCGGGGCGGGUGGUGGGUGGCGGGUGCCCACGGGUGGCUGACGCAAAUCGUUUAGGGUAAAAUUCAACUGCCAGCCUGCCUAAGCAAAGCACACACGAACCGCAACUGCAUGUGCUAGAGAACAACUGUAACAUAAACAUAAAGUAAGCUAAGAUAUCAAACUGGCGGCGGCGGGCAACAACAGACUGCAUGUGCACCCCAAGCAGCCGGACACAGAUCCGCAUUCAGUUCGCGUUCAGAUCUACUUAGUUUCCCAAGAACUACUUAGAUAUCUUUUUUUUUUUUUUACCAUCUGUUUACCUGUAUCUGUUUCAUUUGGAGACUUGUGCUGUUACGUGCUCGUGGAAGUCAUCUGGUUUGUGAAGAGAUCAAUAGUAUGGGCCGCGUAUGAAACCUGCGCAUUGCAUCUAGCUACUAAAUAAUAGGAUUAAUACCCCCUUGUCCGCGACUCCUGCCAAUUCGCCUGGCGCAGACGGUUAGCAAACACACCCGCCACAGUCGUCUGCUCGACGCGAAUUCCCUGAGAUCGGGCACCUUACUAUACAUAUAGAUGUAGGUUAACGCAUUAAGCCAUCUUGACCGACAAAAUGCAUAAAGUCGGCAAGUCGGCAGAGUUAGGGAUGGAAGCAAAUGUUCAAAGACGUCAUUAAGUUCAUUGAUUGGAAAAAGACUUUGCAUGCCUGAAACGGAAUUUCUCAGCCGGCAAACAGUUGGAGAAAGACAGAUACGAAAAAAAAGGAGUAGUAGUUCGUAGCAUGUAAGAAACGAGUUUUAAGUACGCCCCAGAUUGGGAUAUUAUAUAAAAAUAACUAUUAUUAAAAUAAAGAUAAUAAGCACGA